AUGCAGGUAUUUCAUGAUUGUCGUGAGGAUUCUGCUGCUCUUUACCGUCAGCAUAACAUUCGUGUCAACUUUGUAUUUGAUACACAAGCGGCUCAUCAGCUAAUUUGUUUAAAGAAAGGAAUUCCUCCUUAUCAGGCAUCAUUGAGGGAGUUGCUGCAAACCUACCUAGGCAUCACGGUUAAGGGUUUAGACGAAGGUCGUUCAAUAUUAGAAAAAGAUUCAUUUGCAUUUUCUCGUCGUCCUGUUGAUUUUUCUCUUUUGCUUUAUGCUGCUCUUGGUGUUAAACAUCUUGUUCAACUUGCUCUUGCUAUGUCUUGUCAUAUAGAUCCAGAGGAAGUAAUUAAGGCAAGCGAAGAGUUUACGAUGUACAGACACCUCAAUGAAGGGUUUACAAACCCUAAUGAUAUGAAAAAGAUUGGAACUGUAUUAGAGGGGUUAGUAGUUGUGCGUACACCUGAGCAAAUAAUAUUUAAAUUAAACACUAAUGCAACAGGAAUUGUUUGUGCUCCUUCUACACUUAAAAGGUUCCAAGAUGUUAACUUUGGAGACGUGGUUACGGUGUCUGUUGUAGGGGAGAGCGCAGGAGGAAAAUAUUUAUAUUUAGAUAGGCAUGAUGGCGUCAUAGACUACGCAGAUAAGAACAGACCUCGGCAUCGAUACAACACAUCUAUGAAACUUAGAGAGGACUCGAGGGCAGACCCGCUGCUGCUAGCGCAUUUAGAUGAAUAG